CAUCCCCAUGUGAUGAUAGUGUGUUGAGUGAUAGGUGAUCUUGGUUGUUCGUAGAAAGUGAUCUUACACACAUAGGAGACUUGUUUGUUCAUGGAGAAAAGAUGACAUGACAUGUGUGAACGCGUCUGAUUGGUUAGCUGUUAGAAAUGAUUUCGGCUUUCUAGAUUCUCGUGGGAUGUCUUCUGUAAGAUUUGACUUAACCAAUGUCAUCAUUAGAUUAUACUUUUUCCUCUGCAUUAUUCAAUUGAUAAGCUCUUUCUCGUGACCAGUGCUUCAUAUGGUUAAGUCACAUGGGUGUUAGUCAUUGGUCACGUGCAUUAGGACCCACCAGUUGCAAUAUUUAGAAAGCUAGGAUCCAAAUAUGUUGUAGAUGAAGACAAACAGUUAACAGCUCUUAUCCUCUGUUAUUGGUAUUCACAUAGCUGCACAUUUAUUGAUAUCUCAACCAACUCCCAUUCUUUGCUCUAAAAUAGAGAUAGUGUUUUUUUUUUUUGGUAAGGAUUUAAGGAUCAAUGUAUCUGCAUUCACACAUUCAUUAGUCUUAUCUCUAUAAAUACCUGAACCCUUUUACUGCUACUCCCACUAUUAGUUGUAAAUUCAAAAACAUAGUUGUGUUUGGAAUCCAAAAUGGCAAGAAGUUUAGAGCUUUCUUUGAUUCUCUCUGUUCUGUAUCUGUCCACUGCAGCAGUAGCCAUGGCCAGAAACCUUGGAGAGGAAUCAAGUGGUGAUAUAGAAUUCAUUAAAACCUCUUGUAAGACAACGUCAUACCCGGACCUAUGCUUCCAGUCUCUAUCUUCAUAUGCAAGCGAGAUCAAGCAGCAGCCACGUAAGCUUGCUGAGACAGCGCUUGCCGUUAGUAUGGCCCGAGCAAAGUCAGCCAAAACCUAUGUCUCAGGGAUGAGUGACUAUAAGGGAAUCACAAAGAGGCAGCACGAAGCUGUAGAGGACUGUAUAGAGGAGAUGGGAGACACUGUUGACAGGUUGAGCAACUCGCUAAAGGAACUGAAGCAUCUGGAGGAAGGCGACAGCGGAGAAGACUUUUGGUUCUGUCUGAGCAAUGUCCGGACGUGGACAAGCGCAGCUCUGACAGAUGAGACCACGUGUCUUGAUGGGUUUGGAGGGAAAGCGAUGGAUGGUGAGCUAAAAAGCUUAAUCAGAACACACAUUGUGAGUGUGGCGGAAGAGACAAGCAAUGCCUUGGCUCUCAUCAAUGACUUUGCUUCCAAGCACUGAAAACAAUUUCAAAAGGGGCAGAGUUUUUCUCUUGGAUUUGGUUUAUAUUCGGAUUUGAAGAGAUGUGCUUUGGUUUGGUUCUUCGGUGUCAUUUCAGUUUUCUUGCCGCGUCGUUGUAUUAUCUACUACGGACUACGGGUCUUCAUAGUUGAAGGCAUUUGGUGUUGAUUUUUAUCAAUAUAUUAAAAUAGAAAAAAAAAUAUUUAUCUCAA